AUGCAAUUUGGGUCAAUCAAACUUAACACCGAUGCAAGUGUGUCAAAUGGUUUGUCUAAAGGCGGUGGAGUGAUACGAGAUUUUGAAGGGAAGAUGCUUGGUGCUUUUUAUAAGGAAUUCGGGGAAUAUGAGGUGGUACAUGCGGAGGGCUUAGCAUUGUUAACUGGUCUACAGUGGUGUGUUGGAACAGGGUUGUCAGAUAUUUUGGUGGAAGUGGAUUCACUAGCGUUGGUACGGUUGGUUACUAGUCAAUCUGUUGGUAAGUGGCCAUUGUGUAGCGUCUUAAGUCAAAUUCGAUUGUUACUAUGCAAGGUGAAGGGGACCAUUACACAUAUUUAUCGUGAGGCGAAUGCCGUGGCAGACAACUUAGCUUCUUUAUCUCUGGAGAGUCCAUAUGUUACUUUCCAAUCUCAUCAGCAACUUCCAAGUAGAGCUCGGUCGUUGAUUAAUUUGGAUGCAAUUGGUUAUCCAUAUAUUCGCAACUUUAAUGUUUAG